UCAAGUUAUUUAAUUUGUAACUUUGUUUGGCAUUUAAUAAAUUAUUUAUUGUUUGGAAAUCCUGUGUUCUUUGCCCUUGACUGCUUGGUCCUUCACAUAUGGUGUCAGAAGUGGGAUCGGCAGAGGGUGCAGGUUUCCUAUUUUGGGGGGGGUUUCGCUUUCUGUCGUCCCUGUUUUUUUUUUUUUGAGCUAUGAGUCGGUCUGGAAGAAAAGGGGCACAAAGGAUUGUGCCAAUGGAAGCACAGGAAGGAGAGGUGGAGACCAUAGAGGAUGGAGAGGAGAUUGUCACAGAGGAGUCUGGAGGUCAGGAGCCAACGCUUGCAGAUCUGACAAGUUUGUUCCGAGCCCACAUGACGCAAAUGGAUGCACGGGAGGCCGGGAGGGCCCAAGAGCAAAAGGAACAAUAAUGACGAUUUAAGGUAUUGCAGCAUCAGUUUGGCCUGCUUCAGAUGGAGGUGCAAGCUUGUACUCAUACUCCACCCACCCCUGGUCCAUUUUCUAUGAAUUCAUGUCCUGGGGAAAGGCAGGAUGGUGACCUUGAUUCUGACUGGCCAAUUUCUAAAAGGAGUGCAAAGGAAAGUCACCACAUGGACCAUGAUAGAGGUCAGUCCUUGAUUAAAGAGCCUAGAUUAGAAAAAUUAAGUGACUCUGAUGACAUAGAACACUUUUUGAUAACCUUUGAGAGGAUUGCUGCAGCGUGUUGUUGGCCUAAGGCUGACUGGGCAUUCCGCCUGAUUCCCCUACUGACUGGUAAGGCCCGAGCGGCAUAUGUGCUGAUGGAUAUUGAUGACUCUCUUGACUAUGAUUGUGUUAAGUCGGCUAUUCUGAGGAAGUACGACAUUAGUUCAGAAACUUAUCGACAAAGAUUUCGUUCUCUGGAGGUUGAAUCAUCCGAGAGUCCCAAUGAGCUGUAUGCCAGACUGAAGGAGCUGUAUGGGAAGUGGAUUCGCCCUAAAGGUAUGGAUCCGUGAGCGGGGCCCUGAUACUGCUGCUGAAGCUGCAUCAUUAGCGGAUGUGUUUGUUGCUGCCCGGGGAAGGAAUCAGUCGUGGAGUUGGCGGGGUGGGAGAGAUUCUCGCAAGCUCCAUAUCUUUCAUCCGGCUCAGUGCAACUCCUCUGGUAAGCCUACUGUAGGAGGAAAAUCUGACUCUGUGAUAUCUUUUAAACCACCUAAGAAAGUGCCUAUUUGUUACCUGUGUGGCCAAGAGGGUCAUACUAAACCUGUUUGCCCGAAGAACGUUGUCAAGCUCUCUCAAGUGUGUUAUGUGCCCAGAAAUAAUGCAGUUCCUGUAAAGCCUGGACUGUCCUUAAGGAUGACCACUGUAGAAGUGAACGGUAAAGAACUCCAUGCUCUAGUUGACACUGGCAGUGACCAGACAUUGGUACACAGACAGUUUGUUUCACCUGCCUUGAUUAAUCCUUCUGACGAGACCGAUAUGCUGUGUCCAUGGUGAUAAUAAACUGUUACCUACCGCGGGUCUUUACAUCAAAGUACAGGGACAGACUUAUCUCCUGGACGUUGGGGUGGCAGAUAAUUUGCCGUAUCCUGUGAUUCUGGGGCAUGAUUUACCAGUGCUUCUAGAUUUACUGCAGCCGGAACAGCUUUGCAAUGUUGUAGUCACCCGGGCAAAAAUGAAACAGGCAGAGGAUCCGGCGCAGACACUCAGUACUUUACCUUUCUUCGAUGCGGAUAUUGAAGUGGAACCUUCAAAGUUGCUGAGGUCCCGUAGUGAAAGACGACGGGAUAAGCUUGCAUAUAAUGUUUCCAAAGUACCAGCUAACCUCUCAUGUGACUUGUUUCAAAGUUUCCAGGUGCCCACUAACGUUAUCCAGCUCCAGCAGGAAGACGUCAGCCUGGCUCCGUACCUCAAGAGAGCAGAACAUGAAGCUACAGGCAAUUCUGAUGACACUGACUCUGCCGAAAGG